AUGGUGGAAACCCCAGUUAAGAUGAGUAUAGAAGGGCAGAUGAACAAUGACAAACAACUCAUCAUUGUUGAAUCAGCUGAAGUGGAAAAACUCACAAAACAGCCACUACCAAUAGUGUCUCUUGCAAUGGCGUCUCAGCCUAGCUCCUCUACCAGAAGAACAUGGAAAAGAACAGCUAAAUCAGAUGGCAGACUCCAGAGGAAGGACAACCCCAAACCAACUAAAGGGAAACUCAAUGGACAACCCUUGUGGAGGAAAAAGAAAAAUGGGGAUCCAAUUGGUGUAUGUCAGGAGACUGGAAUGACAUUCUCUCUUCUUUUGAGAAGAAACGGGGCAGGUUAG